AUGGCGGCGAAGAAAAAUAGCUUAAUUUUAGUUGUUUUUAUAGUAUUUUUAAGUAGAGUUGAGAGUGCAAGUUUGUUAGAGCGAUCCUACGAAUAUGUUAUGAGUAUGGGGAAGAAUAUAGCGCCAAGUUUGAUGACAAUGUUAGACUGUUUUGGAGAGAAUGACGUUUGGAGUUGUGCUAAGGAAAAGGCGGGAAAAAUUCUCGAGAAAUGGGACGACGAGGUUGACAAGCAGAGGCGGAUGUGGCAGGAAGCGGCAGAUUCAGAAGUAAGGUCUUCGGGACGAGCCAUCGAGGAGAUGCCUUCCAAGCUGGGGAUGGAGGUUGAAGACUCCUUGAAGUCUCUAUCUGACAUGGUGCAGAAUGGAGUCGCUAGAGCCCUCGCAAGAAAGCACAAGGAAGACGAACAAACAAUCAACCUGGCCAUUUCAACUGGUGGCGGCGAUAAAAAGAAGAAAAUGAAGAAGAAGAAGAAGACUAAACCCCCUAAGAUCCACCUGGUCCAUCCCAUGAUGAUGAUGGAGAAGGAAAAGCAAGAACGUGGGUUCAAUCCUAAAGCUCAAACCUGGGUUAUUGGGGGUAGAAAUGCAUCUGGGGUUAGAAAGGGACGGACGCUGUUUUCAGAUAUGAUUGCUGUGGGGGAGAAAGCGAUAGAUGCUUUAGCUGAGCAUGCUGUGAAGAGUGACCAGGUUGAAGAUGGGGUUGAGGAUAAGAGCUCCAUUGAAGAACAAAGAGGCAAGAAGAAAAAGAAGAAGAAGGCAAUUCUGAAGCUGCUUAUUCUCGGAGCCGUUCUUAAAGCCAAGAUCGGGACCCUGUUGCAAAUAUUGUCAUUUAAACUUCAGGUGAAAUUCUUCUUGAUCGCGCUGAUUGGUCUGGGCAUCAACUUGGCGAGGUUCUGGCUUGACUUGAAGAAGCAGCAUCAACCUCCGCAAAAGGUGAUCUACUAUGAGCAUGCGCAGCACCAACAUCAUUAUGACCAUGAAGAGGAGGGGGGCGGCGGCUGGGGUCCCUGGUCCAGGAACAUGGAGGAUUCUGAUGUAGAAAUCGACCUGGACGUGAACUCCCCCUACCGAGCCCACAUCGACAGGAACGCGCAGUCAUACAGUAUGCCUCACAUCACGCGAGCGUAGUACGGUCACGAGCAUUAAUAUGUAUACACUUUGGCACCAUGUCACAUUAACUUUUUUGACAAAUUGAACUGUAAGUCUCACUAAAUGUCAAAUAUGUUAGUGCGACAGAGUCCUAAAGUGGGUACGUUAUAUUGCUCAUGACUGUACACAAGUUUACCUUACAGUGGUUCUC